AUGGAGAGACUUAAAGAAGCUGGAGGUGAUGCAGUGAUCUGCCAACUUGGCUGUGGGGCAUGGAAGCUCUCUGGAAUUCCUUGUAGACAUGCUGUCAGAGCUAUGUUACAUGCCAAGAUAGAUCCACAUAAGAUGGUUAGCUCUUGGUACUCAAUCAGUACAUACAAGCAAACUUACAGUGAUACCAUAAACCCUGUACCUGAUAAGGAGAACUGGCCAGCAUAUGAGGGUCUCCUACUGAUUAUGCCACCAACAAUGAGAAGGGGUGUGGGUAGGCCAAGUAGAAAUGGAAGGAGGGAAGAAGGUGAAGACCAAAAAGGCUAG